UCUUCUUCCAUCAACGGUCAUAUUCCCGUUGCACCUGAAAUCCUCACUCUGUGUGUAUCUAUCUGUAUAUAUACGUCUCCUCCUCCCUCUCACAUCCCCAUCAGAUCUCUCUCUCUCUCUCUCUCUCUCUAGAACUCUCUCUUCUCCCUCUCUUAAAAACAAUCUCAAUCAAUCAGAAAUGGGCGGAUUAUCAAUCGACACCUCCGGCGACUGCUCCCACCCGCACACGCACAAGGUGUUCCUCCUGAGCAACUACAUCCUCCUCGGCGGCGCCUCCAGUUGCAUCUUCCUCACCCUCUCCCUCCGCCUCUUCCCCUCCCUCAUCGGCUUCCUCUUCAUCCUCCUCCACGUCAUCACCAUCGCCGGCGCCGUCUCCGGCUGCGCCGCCGCCGCCCGCGCCCCCUCCUCCGCCGGCAAGUUCUACGGCGCGCACAUGGUCGCAACCGUCCUCACGGCCAUCUUCCAGGGCUCCGCCUCCGUGCUCAUCUUCACCCGCCCCUCCGACUUCCUCGGCCACCUCAAGUCCUACGUCAGGGAGGAGGACGGCGUCGUCAUACUCAAGCUCGCCGGCGGCCUGUGCGUCCUGAUCUUCUGCCUGGAGUGGGUGGUGCUCACGCUCGCGUUUUUCCUCAACUAUUACGCCUAUGUGGAGAGGAAGGGCAUCAAUGGCGGUUACGCCGUGGGGAGGAGCGGGAAGGUGCAGGAUGAUGAGGAUUUGAAGAGCUGGCCAUGGCCGUUCCAGGUCUAAAAUGCGCCGGUGAUUUGGGGGGAAAUUUGUGUGUUUUUGUUUUGAGGGUAUUUUGGGGAAGGAAUUUGUUUUAUUUAUUUUUAUGUUUGUAUGUAUUUAUUUGUGUGGAAAUUGUUGGCGAUGGAGUGUGAUCGCUGUAACGCCGGUGAUUAUUAUUUGAUAUUCAAUUAAUUAUUUGAAAA